AUGGCUCCCAAAUCCAAACGAGCUGCCACGGAGCAGCCUCACGGCUACGAAUUCGGAGGACCACUUGGUGCCUUCGGAAUUUCGUUCGGUCUGCCGGUUCUCGUAUAUCUCUUCACCUUUACUUGCAACGACGUCUCAGGCUGUCCCGCGCCUUCGUUCCUGAGCCCCAAGACCCUAUCUCUGGACCAGCUGAAGCUCGAGGUGGGCUGGCCUGCGGAUGGCAUCUGGGGUCUAGCCAGCUGGAAGGCUUCUGGAGCUCUUGCGGCCUACUACUUCCUCAACCUGAUUUUAUACGCGAUUCUUCCUGCCGCCGAGGUCGAGGGUACGGUUCUGCAAUCUGGGGGCCGUCUCAAAUACAGGUUCAACACAAUGUACUCAAACAUGGCCACGCUCUUUGCGCUUGCUGCAGGAACCAUUGCCCAGGGUGCUGAAUUCCCCGUCUGGACCUUUAUCAGCGAAAACUACGUCCAGCUCCUCACCGCGAGCAUUCUCCUCUCCUAUGCCAUCGCCACAUUCGUCUACGUUCGAAGCUUCAGUGUCAAGACCGGAAACAAGGAUAACCGCGAACUGGCUGCGGGUGGCCACACCGGGAAUAUGCUGUACGACUGGUUCAUCGGACGCGAGCUGAACCCCCGUAUCUCGAUUCCCCUCAUUGGAGAGGUCGACUUGAAGGAAUGGUGCGAGCUUCGACCCGGCAUGAUGGGAUGGAUCAUCCUGAACUGCUCUUGGUGCGCUCAGCAGUACCGCAACUAUGGCUAUGUCACAGACAGCGUUGUCUGCAUCACCGUCGUGCAGGCUCUUUACAUUAUCGACUCGUGGGUGAACGAGGCGGCCAUCCUGACAACCAUGGAUAUCACCACUGAUGGAUUCGGCAUGAUGCUGUCGUUUGGUGACCUUGUCUGGGUCCCGUUCGUGUACUCUCUCCAGACUCGCUACUUGUCGGUGUAUCCUCGUUCACUGGGCCCUGUUGGACUUCUCACAACUGGUUCGCUCAUUUGCCUUGGCUUCUACAUCUUCCGAUCUGCCAACAGUCAAAAGAACGUUUUUCGCACCAAUCCAAAUGAUCCCAGCGUCGCUCACCUCAAGUACAUUGAAACCAAAACUGGCAGCAAGCUCCUCACCACAGGCUGGUGGGGAAUCGCACGCCACAUUAACUACUUUGGCGACUGGAUUCAGGCCUGGCCAUAUUGCUUGCCCACCGGCAUUGCUGGAUAUCAGAUUCUUUCUGCCGGCUCCACCUCGGCGGAAGGGGCUUUUGUCAUGGCCGAUGGUCGACAGGUGAUCCAAGGCGAAGCCAGAGGCUGGGGUAUGCUCAUCACCUACUUCUAUAUCGUGUACUUUGGCGUCCUCCUAAUCCACCGAGACGGGAGAGACGAUCAAAAGUGUUACCGCAAGUAUGGCGAGGAUUGGGUCAAGUACAAGAAGAUUGUACGAUGGAGGAUUAUUCCUGGCAUUUACUAA